AUGUCCGUGAUUUGGCUUGUGGCCAAAGCUGGGAACGGUGGCGAUCCUGCACCGAACGCCCUGCGGCGGCCACAUAUUCACAAGGGGCCAGGCUACGGUGGACAUGGUGGCAACGUGGUCUUGAAGGCCUGCUCGCAGAUAGAGAGCUUCCUGGAUGUGCCAGAGAAGCUGGCAGCCGAGCAUGGGGCCGAUGGCCACGACACCCGACGCGGCCGCCACGGAGAUGACUACUUCCUGCAGGUGCCCUUGGGCACCAUCAUCCGGGAGCGCGUCUACAGCGGCGGCAGCACCGAGGAGGGCCGGCGCAUCUUCUUGCCGCAGUUCCGGUACCAGUUUCUCCGGGACAAGGACACCUUCCUGGUGGCCAAGGGGGGGUUCGGGGGCAUCGGCCCUAAGAGCUUCAAGAAGGGCGAUGGCCGCAGGGGCACCCACGGGUACCGGGCUAGGCUGGAGCUGGAGCUGCGCGUCAUGAACGACGCCACCUUCAUCGGCAAGCCCAACGCAGGGAAGACCUCCUUACUGGCUGCCAUGAGCCGGGCGCACACACGCAUCGGCCCCGAGGAGUUUAGCACAACCAGGCCACACGUAGGCGUGCUCCGCUUCCGCGACCGCCUUGAGGUCCGUUUGUGCGAUCUGCCGGGUCUUUCUGCAGGCGCCCAUGAGGACAAGCUGAUGGGGCGUCGCAUCCUGCGCCACACCUACCGCUCGCGGGCGCUGAUUUUCGUUGUGGAUGUGGCCAGGGGCGAGAGGUCGGAAGAUGACGUCCUGGAGGAAGUGGAGAUGCUCCGCCAGGAAGCCAUGCUCUUUGACCCCCUGAACAAAGAGAAGCCAUGGAUGGUGAUCGGCACAAAGUGCGAUAUGCUCCACCGGGAUCCUUUGUUUCACCUGGACAGCUUGUUCUACCGGCUCCGGGCCCGGUACGACGACGAGAUCCCGGUGAUCGGGACCUCUGCGCGCUUCGGGCUUGGGCUCACACGUGCAGUGAGGACCAUCCGGCAGUUGAUCUACCCAGACAUGCUGCAGCCCAGAUAUCGCUUAGGCGCGGACCCCAUGCUCAAGGAGUAUCCCAAGGCGGGCAGGGGAGAGUCGCGCGACCAAACGCCAACUCACGGGCAUGGCACCGAUCAAGCGAUUAUGCAGCGAACGUGUGGUCUCCAUUAG